GAAGAUCGGAAAGUUUUGGCGCUCAGUUCGUUUUCUCCUCUGUGUUACACGGAUUAUUACAUCGUUCUCAAAGCAACCAUAACAACAAACAACUGUGUGAGGGAUUCACGUCCUUCUCAAACCCUCGCCGUUCAGGUACAACCAUAACAAUAACAACAAACAAUUGCGAUGUUCAUCAUGAGUGCGCAGGUGGAUGUGAUUCAUGCUGGAGAACAGCAGAUGCUGCAGACACCAGUGAAGAUUGAAGUGAAGCAGGAGAUAAAAGAAGAAAACACAACAGAAGAACAACAGAGUGAUGAUGACGAUUUUAUUCCUGCAGAGCUGAUGGACGUGAGAGAGGAACGUGAAGAGCUGAAUGACGUGGAGGAGGAACAGCAUGAUUUCAUAACUGGAGAAAAAUCUUUGAGUGGCUCAAACACUGAAAAGAAUUUCUCUCCAAAAAAUCCUCGAAGAAGAUCAGCCAAGAAAUCUUUCACGUGCUCUCAGUGUGGAAAGAGCUUCACAUGUAAAAGCCAUCUUAAUAGACACAUGAGAGUUCAUACUGGAGAGAAACCUUACACGUGCCAUCAGUGUGGAAAGAGUUUUGCAGCUGCAGGCAAUCUCAAGAGUCAUCUCUUUUAUCACUCUGGAGAAAAGUUAUUUGAAUGUGAUAAGUGUGGUAAAACAUUUGUUCUGGCACAGUACCUAAAACAACAUCUGAAAACUCACACAAAUGAGAAGCCUUACAAGUGUUCAUUUUGUGAAAAGAGUUUUAAACACAAGUUCUAUUUUAAACAGCACCAGAAAAUUCAUACCAGUGUGGCGGCUCAUAUGUGCUUUGAAUGUGGGAAGAUUUUUAUUACAGCCAGCGACUUGAAACGGCACCAAAGAAUUCAUACUGGAGAGAAACCAUACAAGUGCUCACACUGUGGAAAGUCUUUCACUCUGUCAGGAAACCUGAAAACACACGAGAGAAUUCAUACUGGAGAGAAACCUUACAAGUGCUCACGCUGUGGAAAGAGUUUCACUCGGUCACAAGACCUGAAAACACACGAGAGAAUUCAUACCGGAGAGAAACCAUACAAGUGCUCACACUGUGGAAAAAGUUUCACACAGUCAGUAAACCUGAAAACACAUGAGAGAAAUCACACUGGAGAGAAACCUUACAAGUGCUCACACUGUGGACAGAGUUUCAACCGGUCACAAAACCUAAAAGCACAUGAGAGAAUUCAUACUGGAGAGAAACCAUACAAGUGCUCACACUGUGAAAAGAGUUUCACUCAUUCACAAAGCCUGAAAACACAUGGGAGAAUUCAUACAGGAGAGAAACCUUACCAAUGCUCUUCAUGUGAGAAAAGUUUCAUCUCCGCAAGUAAUCUAUAUAAACAUGUAAAAAGAAGUCACAGUUAGUCGUCAAUCGAUAUGGAUUUUUCUAUGGCUGAUGCUAAAAAUGCUAAUGGUCGAUGUAAAUGCCGGUAAACGCUACCAGUCAAAAGUUAAGGGUCACUUACUCAUUCUUUAUUAUUUUCACAUUUAAUAGUAAAGUCAUCAAAACUAUGGAAGAACAGAGAUGGAACUAUAUGAAUUAUGUUGUGACUAAAACAAUUCAAAAAUAAAUAAACAAUGUUAUAUUUUAGCAUCUUCAAAGUUACACACAUUUUGCAUAGAAUUUGCAGAAACAUACUCUUGACAUUUUCUCAACCAGCUUCUUGAGGUAUCACCCUGGGAUAAUUAUUAAACGUAUUGAAGGAGUUCUGGAGGCUGGUGCUUCCGCCAUAUGUGCUUCUGCCCAAGCACUUUUUGUAAUGAAAUAAAUAUGUUGGCACAAUUAUAUUUUUGUCUACAAGACUAAUUUCAAACAUUUAGGCAUACACCUUCAAAUUAAAAAGGUUUUUAAGAAUAAUUUCUGUCAAAUGACCCCAAACGUUUGAACGGCAGUGUACAUAAUACAAUUUAACAACAGCAUGUUCACAACAUUUAAUUACUUUGAUGAUUUAAUUUCAAGGUUAACAUUAUAUACAAAACAAACAUUUACAAAGGAUAGUGAUAAGGUUAUGAAUUAGGAAAUUACAAGAUUGUUACAGGAAGGACUUUACACAGAAAUAGCAUUCUUAAAGAAGUUCUGAAAGGGCUGCCAGUAUACAAAACUUCAUAAGUAAAACAAAAACAACGGAAAGUUAACACUUCUAUUUUUCGGCGAAGCGAACACCGCUAUCGACUGAUGCCAAUAAUUGCAAAAUGGCUUAUUAAUUGGUCUGGCCGAUAUAUAUGUCUAUCGGUAGUCACUAUGAGCAGAUGUUAUCUUCAGGUCCAUUAAUAUCAAGUACAUUUUUAAAAUUCAGAAAAACCCAAAGAUAGUAAGAGCUGCUAUUAACCGAGGCGAACACACAAACAUUGUGCAAGUAUACCUGGAGUUUAACUGCUGUUCUGAUUUACUGUUGUUGUGCAUUUAAGAGGUCUCUUUUGGAUAGUUAAUUUAGUUGUAAGUUUACUAAUAAUUGUAAAAUAUAAAAUAUUUCCCAUAUUAACUGUGUAAAUAUUACUUGUAUGUUUACGUUUUAGUCUGGAAGUGUGAAUAAAGUCCU